AUGGCUUCCGGCUAUGGUCUGAACGGCGGCCCCGGCCGAUGCUAUCCCUUCUGGCAAGAGGUUCUCGGUUGCUACGUUGUGAACUCCGGCGAAGGUGAAGCCGGCAAGAAGAAGUGCACCCCAGCUCUGGAUGACUACUAUGAGUGCCUUCACCACCGAAAGGAGGCCCUCCGCACCAUGAAGAUGCAGUUUGCCUACCGUAAGGCCGAGGCUGCACACCCCCGCGAGAACGCCCCCAAGGCUGAGCAGAUCCGCAGUUUGGGACUACUCGGAAAAGAAGAAGAGGCUACUGCUUUCCUCUCGCAAAACUGA